AUGGCUCCUCUAACAAUCAUAGUCACGGGCAAAUCAUCCGUCGCCCACGCCCCAGAACGUGGCACCAUCAGAUUCUCAGUAAAGGGAAAUGGCCCCCUCCAAGAUCAAGUCGCCUCCCUAGUGGCAUCAUUAUCGACCAGCCUACAAAGCUGGUUCAAAUCAACCUUUCACUCCUGGUCCGACGAUCAUCCCGAGGGCCCUCUGACAAAAUUCUCAUCCACCAGUAUCAAAACCUGGACAAGGUCAACAGAUAAACACGACCAGCCCGUGCAAAAUCUGCACCAUGCGAGUAUAUCCUUCAAAGCCGUCUUCCGCGACUUCACGAAGUUGAACCAGGCGAUCGAAGAAUUGCUAGUCUAUCCCAAGGUGGAGAUCGACGGCCUGGAUUGGAGUCUCACCGACGAAACUGGCAGACAACUGGCUUCCAAUGCGCGCAAAUUGGCAUUGCGCGAUGCUAUUCAACAAGCCGAUGACUAUUCGGAAGUGCUUGGACGCCAAGUCUCGGUCGUGGAAAUUACCGACCAUGGAAUGAGCCCCUACAGGGCUACUCAUAGAGACUUGAUGAUGGCUCCUAGUUUUGGUGGUCACCCUGGGGAGGACCCUGCGCCGCUAGACCUCACGCCUCAGGAUAUCGACGUCGAAAGUCAGGUCAAUGUUACUUUUCAGGCUGCAUGA